AGUUCUCAGGCCAUCAUGGCGUCUCCCAGUGGGAAGGGAGCUCAGGGGUCGGAGGCUCCAGGCUGCGGGCCCCAGCCGUUCACCCGAGACCUAGUGGACUCGGUGGACGACGCGGAGGGGCUGUACGUGGCGGUCGAGCGGUGUCCACUGUGCAACACCACUCGCCGGCGGCUUACCUGCGCCAAGUGCGUUCAGAGCGGCGAUUUCGUCUACUUCGACGGCCGCGACCGUGAGAGGUUUGUAGACAAAAAGGAAAGGUUAAACCAACUUAAGAGCAAGCAAGAAGAAUUUCAAAAAGAAGUGUUAAGAGCUAUGGAAGGAAAGUGGAUAACAGAUCAGUUGAGAUGGAAAAUAAUGUCCUGUAAGAUGAGGAUUGAACAACUAAAACAGACAAUAUGUAAAGGAAAUGAAGAAAUGAAGAAAAAUUCUGAAGGCCUUCUCAAAACCAAGGAAAAGAAUCAGAAGCUUUACACUCGAGCGCAACGGCAUCAAGAGAAAAAAGAGAAGAUUCAGAGGCACAAUCGCAAGCUUGGCGACCUGGUAGAGAAAAAAACCAUUGACUUAAAAAGUCAUUAUGAGCGUCUGGCAAGUCUUCGGCGAUCUCACAUAUUAGAGCUCACCUCUGUCAUUUUUCCAAUUGAGGAAGUAAAGAGUAGUGUGAGAGAUCCUGCAGAUGUGUCUUGUGAGAGUGAUAGUGCCAUGACCUCCAGCACUGUGAGUAAGCUUGCUGAAGCCCGGAGGACAACUUACCACUCAGGGAGAUGGGUCUGUGAUGACCACAAUGGAGAUACCAGCAUCAGCAUCACAGGGCCUUGGAUUAGCCUUCCCAAUAAUGGAGACUACUCUGCCUACUACAAUUGGGUGGAAGAGAAGAAGACCACGCAAGGGCCUGGUGAGAAGCAGAAUUCUCUGUGAAAACUUUUUAUUUUAUUUUAUUUUUUGUUUAAGAAAGGAUUAAUUAACAAAACCAUAAGGUAGGAGGGGUACAACUCCACACAAUUCCCACCACCCAAUCUCCAUAACCCACCCCCUCCCAUGAUAGCUUUCCCAUUCUCUAGCCCUCUGGGAGCAUGGACCCAGGGUCAUUGUGGGUUGCAGAAGGUAGAAG